CUUGACAGAUCUAUUUUGCUUUCGUUGAACCUCUCUACUGCACGUCAUAAGGAUUUCCUGGAUCCAGAAGUUGCACUGAAGGCAACUGAGCAGCACAAAAAUGUGACUUUGACAAGAGACUCCGAGCUCUCCGCUGAGGAAUUUCUUACUGAUCAGUUUGUAAUUUCAACCUAUAACUGAAGCAUGUACAGUAGUUAAUCUGAUAGGGGAAAAAGGCUUUCUCGUUACCUACAGCUGCCGAAAAGGCAGUCACUGGAAGCUUCAGAAUGAGUGCUCCAUUAAUCCCAAACAAGUCAUGUUACUCCCAGCUUCAGGACAACCGCAGUGAAAUAAAAAAUAAUAAUGAAAGCACAGUGAGCGUGGGGGAUAGCAAUGCCAACCAAAUCAUGGCAAAAGUUAGAACCACGGAAGGAGAUAUCAAGAAACAGGGUUUGAUGGAUGAGGGUGGAAAUGUACACUCCGGAGGAUCAGAGAGAGUUACUCGUCUGGAUACAGAACAGAAUAAACUGGUGUUCAAAGACUCUCGGACCUGUAACACCAGUGUACAGGAAAGUAAGCUGCCCUCAACCACAAGCAGGGAAAUAGGGAAGGACAGCAGGACCAGCGAAGCUAAGGAUAUGGCAAGGCAUAUCAGGAUUAGCCGAGGACAAAGUCUGUCCAAUUUAAAAAGCAGCACAAACGAUGCUAACCUGGAGAUAAUUUCGAAAGGUGAUGUUGACUUCACCCAGAAUUUUCCUAGGGGUAAAAUGUCCAAGACUGUGGAGAUGGAAAGAAUAAAAAGACUGUCUUUGGGCAGACCCAGUAAAUUUUCUCCUCAAUCUGAAACGCUUACGAAAGAAUGUGUUGGCCGCGUGUCUUGUAAACGUCUGCUUUCCGCAUCAUUGGAUUCCAUUGACCGGUCACACCAUUUGAUUGGAAAUACAGAGAAAUCACAAAAAACUUCCACAGAUCAUUUUCUCGGGAUGGUGUUUCAUCCACUCGACAAUACCUCAGAGGAAAAUACUGUCUUUUAUUCUAAACCAUCUACCUCAGGGAACAAGAAAAUAAGCAAACCAGAAAAUGUACCAAAUGUUAACACUGAAAGCACACUGCAUACUUCUCAUACCAAUCAUCAUUCAGCUGUUAAGCCCAGUGAGAUUGCUAGUAAAUCAGAAGCACAAUUAAGUCAGGGUGAUAAAAGUAAGAAACUGGAGCUUAAGGCUGUGCCAUCCCUACAAUCUAAAAACACAUGUCAACAAAAAAUUGAGAGAAUUAUGGUGAUAGAGUUUCUGGGAUGUAAAAAAGAUGGAAGUAGAACAGUGAAAGAACAGAAAGAGUCUGGAUCUGACACAUCAACAUUUCCAACAACACAUUUUCAAGACAUCAGUGAUAAAGCAGAGGAUCCCUCAUCAAAUCAGGCUGUAACCUCUUCUGACGACAGAUUACAAAGUGAUAACUUCACCAUCCAUGGGGAAGGAAGAGGAGGCCAUGACAGUGAGAGUGGGGCAGUGACCCAGGUUAGUGAGGAAGACAGAGAAGUGGAAACAGUAUUCCCAGUCACCUGCAAUGGUAAUUCCAGUAGCAAAGUGACACCUAGAAAAAAUGAAAAUUUACAUGAAGCUGAUGCAGGUUGUGCUGGAACAGUUGGGGAACAGGCGUCUCUUAUACAUAACAUGAAUCUACCUGACAGCAAACCCUUGCAGGUCAAUGAGAAUAAACUGACGCUGGCCAAAAGAAGCACUGAGGAUGCUGCCGUGUCUGCUUCUGAUCUCUCUGAACAAGACAGAGUGUGCAGUGCAGAGACAGUGUCAAACCAACAGCCUGACAACCAUGUCAGCGAUGUGGAAACCUUCUCAGUUCCAGGUAAAAAGGCAGCUCCUGCACAGAAACAUCCUCCAGAAGAAGCACUGGAGAGCUCUAAGGUUUCAGCAAAGGCUGACACCUUUUUAUGUGUUCCAACUCCUUUGCGCCCGGUGGCAGUGCUGGAUGUUAAUAGUCAGCCCACGCUAUCAAACAGUAAUUUGAAGGACCUUUAUGCACUUCCCACUGACAAGCUGUCACCCUCCUCAAUCCUACCUCCUGUUGACAGUACGGAGUUGAUGAACAUAUCCCCCAAAGUGCCUAUAAAGACUGCCAGCAGCAGUGCAAUCCCCAAACCUAUCCUGGUCCACUCCAAGGGCUCUCUUGCAGAUAAGCUGGAUGUGGACAGUGACUGCAGUGAGAAACUGGAAGAGAGCAUGGAGGUGAAACCGGCCAUACCCAAGCCCAAACCUGUGAGACCUAAAAUAAUCACAUACAUCAGAAGAAACCCUCGUUCAAUAGAGCAGCUUGACCCUUCAUUUGCACCAGCAGGGCUGCCGUAUGGUACUGCAGCAUGCCCUGUGCCCAUCUCCACAGAGCAGAAGGCAUCCAGUGGAGGGGAGGGCAAGGCCCCCAGCAUCCUGUACGACAAAUUUAAACCUGACCUCCAGAAGCCAAGGCUCUUCAGUUCUGGACUGGUGGUGUCAGGAAUUAGGCCCCCAGCACAUCACUUUGGUCCAAUGGGUGAGAAGUUUCUGCAGGAGGUUGGGGAAAGGCCUGCAAAAGACGAAUUUUGUCCUCCACCUUAUACUCACUACGAGGUCCCACCAAGUUUUUAUCGGUCUGCCAUGAUCCUUAAGCCACAGUUAGGACUGGGUGCAGUCUCCAGGUUACCGUCUGCCAAAAGCAGGAUUCUCAUUGCAAGUCAAAGAUCCUCAGGCGCCUGUCUUCAUCAGCAAGGAGAAAUAGCAAGUGCUCCCAGCCUCUAUCAUCCUGAUGCUUCAGUUGAUCUGAAGAAAGUCCCGUGUCCAAAUGCUGCAAAGUCAAAUCUCCCCAAGCCGUGUCCGUCUGCACUUCGCCCUCCAGGUUACUCGCGGUUGCCAGCAGCCAAGCUGGCAGCAUUUGGUUUUGUCAGGAGCUCAAGUGUAUCCUCUGUCUCCAGCAACCAGUCAAAUGACAGCAAUCAGAGUGAUCAAAGCAGGACAGCCAACCGUUCCAGCCUUGGAAAUGAAGAACAAACCACUCCUAAGGCAUCUGCACCUUCUAAAGACAUACCCAAGAGUAGCAGCAAGAGCGCAACACAGGUAUCGAGCGGCACAGCGACUCCUCGCAGGAGCUUACUUCCAGCACCAAAAACUGCCACUGCACCUGCUGGCUUGAAGAAAGAAAUACAAAAGGAUCAGGAUGCUAACAGACCAGCUAUCUCCUCCCCCAAGAGAUCAGCAGUGACAGCCACCAAGCUCCACUCACCAGGACAUCCCAAGCAAAGGUCAACCACCGCAAGAAAUGUAUGUUCCCCCAAACCAGGAGAGAGUCGAGAUGCUGAAAAGCAGUUCAUCCAGAAGCUGAAGGAAAAGUGUGAUGAGCAGUCCCGGCAAUUAAGCAAUAUCCGAGAUGAGCUUAAAAGGACCAGGUGUGGCUUUGAUGUCUUUGCCAUAACAACACAGCACUUCUGCAGGCAGAAAGAAAAUGCUCUUGUGAAAAUAGACGAGCUAGGAGUUGAGCUUGCAAAGAUCAGGGAUGAAGUCGCCAUCAACACAGCGAAAUGUAAGAAAUUACAAAAUGAGAAGGAGGAUCUGGAGAGGCGCUUAGAGGAGGAGGUGAGAAAGCUUCGCUGGCAGCAGAAGGAGGAGCUGCAGGUUCUGGAGCAGCGUUUACAUGAGGAUUACAGCGCCAGGAUGGAGAGCCUGCAGGAGCAGCACAAGCUGCAGCUGGAUCUCAUCAAGUCUCAGCAUCUGCACCAGGUGUCUGACAUCACAGCUGUCCACCAAGCUUCAGUAUUACAGCUGGAAAACAACCACUCCGUCACCCUUGCUGUACUGCAGGAUGAGCACAACCGUGAGAUCCGAGAACUGGUUGCUGCUCACGAACUGGAGAAAACACAAUUAAAGGAAAAUUUUGAAAAGCUGCGGCUGUCGCUCCAGGACCAGAUAGACACCUUCACCUUCCAGAACCAGUCCCUGAAGGCCAAAGCAGACCGAUUUGAAGAGGCUUUGAAGAAAAGCACUGAGGAACAGCUGAAGAUUGCGCAAGCUCCUUACCUGCACUUAGAAGAAGAUCUGAAGAGCUUAAAACAUGUUCUGGAAUUGAAGAACCAUCAGAUUCAUGAACAGGAUAAGAGGAUUAUGGAGCUAGAAAAACAAGCUGAGAAAAAUUUAAUCCUGGAAGAAAAAAUCACUGUGCUGCAACAGCAGAACGAAGAACUCAGAGCCAGGAUUGAGCAGAACACCGUCAUAACAAGGCAACUGUCGGAGGAGAACGCCAAUCUCCAGGAACAUGUCGAGAAAGAGGUGGAGGAGAAGAAGCGGCUGAGCAGAACAAACGAGGAGCUGCUCUGGAAACUGCAGGCAGGAGACGCCGUCAGCCCUGUGAAAACCCCCCGAGCAUCAUCCACAUCAUUUUAUCGCUGCUCUGCAGGGAACUCCUCGCCAGCCAAAGCCAGAACCGUGCGACGGUGAUCCAUCACGGCCCCCUGCCUCGGGCAUGUUUGCAGCUGCUGAACCUCACACCCAAGGAAGCCCCACCAUCAGCAGGUGCCAGGCUCGUGGCUGCAAGCAUGCUCCCUGGCUGCAUAGCUUCACACUAGGCAGGGCUCUCCGAGAAACCUUAGAUAGGAGCUCAUGGUUUUGACACGUUCAUUACAAUAGCAGGGAGGAUAGUGAUAAGUUAGGAUAGCAGAAAGGUAGGCUAGCAAGGUAGGAUAGCUAGAAAGGUAGGUUUAGCUUAGUAUGAUAAUAAUUUCACUGUUGUUAGAGCCAGCUGUUGGAAAAUGCUAUAUUACAGGUUCGUUGGGAUGGACUGCUGCUGCAGUACUUCAGGUUAGUCUCAAAUAGAGUUCCAGUUGUGAAUAUUUCUGUGUAUGUGUCUGUGUUUAUAUAUAUGUAUGUACUGUACCUUUAUACCUAUAUAUAGACGCACACACAUAUGUAUGUAGUUGAAGACGUUCUGAAUUGCAUUUUUUUAUACUCUUGGAUACCACUAAGUGCUGAUCUAUUUUCAUUACAGUCAGCGGUUUUCUAACUCGUGCCUAAGCCUUGUAUCAAAACAAAACGCAUUUCUGUUGCGCCUCCCAGCAACAUUUAUACCCCAACCAGAAGGAAGUCCCACAGAAAUAGAAGCGCCUUCCAAGUGACCACCAAGUGGUACAAUCCUUAACACCAGCGACUUUGGCAUUCUGAGACAGUACUGCCUUGAGAAACCACCUUUGCAUUGAGCACCAGAUGAGAAACACAAACCAUCCACUGCUUUUAGCUCUUAGCAUUGAUGUUGUAAGCGAGUGGGGAUAGGGUAGAGAUGAGAAACCUGAGUUUUAGUCAAUAUGAUAGAGGUUACUGGGUAAUGUGUUUCAAUUUUAGACUCUUUAGCUCCUAGAUUACUUUUGUCUUGUUUCCCCUUAACCUAAUUUUAAAAGUCAGAACCUCUGGGUGUAGGGUUCUGUUCAGGUUGAUAUGUUUCAAGUCCCACGAGAAAGGAGAAGCAAACCAACCCUUUGUGUUCAGACCUUUGCUGACCCAGCAUUAGGCUGAGCUGGUGGAACACCAGGCGUGAUACAGAGGGCUGCAUGGGCGCAGAAGAGGUCAGAAUAUUCCAUACCUACCCACGUCUCACACCACUGUAUUUUACCCAACAUUGCAAAGUGUGUGUGGGAUCCGCGCCCGGCUUUGCUGGAACGCUCUCAGGAUGACCUCUGCAGCUCAGAAACAGAUUUGGUCACUGCCAGUACAUUCCUCGUCCUUCUGCAGUGCUAUAAAAAUAAUAGCAAUGUUGGGUUUUAUUCUCCUUUUCUUGAGAAAUUUACUUUUGUAGCAGCUUUUGCAUGUGAUGCUGAGUGACUCGAGCAUCUUGUUAGGAUAGACCUUAGCACAGCAGCUGCCGUUGAAACAUGUUGCUAGGUGGUGGUGUGCCCAGCAAGUACAGCCUGGAAUUACAGCCUAUUCUAAUAGGUGCACACACAAAGGCCCUCCUCACCAGUACAACAUAACCACCCUCAGACCUACUGCAUGCACAGAAAGCUGCAGUACCUCCAGUGUUGUGCUUCAGUCUGCCAAUGCAGUUCUGAUGAGAUGACAAAGUCAGAAUUGUUACCGUGAUCUGAUCUCAGCUUCCCCACGUUGAACACACUGGAGCAUAUUAUCAGCCUGGGAUGGGCUGGCCAAGCCUGGCCUUCAUUUCUUCAUUGUUUUCCUCUAUUUCUGGUGCUUUCCUACUCCCAUUUUUGAAUUAAAUUCGUAUUCAAUAAUUGCUUCCAGCAGUGAAUUGAGAGUGGGGCUUCAAUGCUGGGAAAACAUUGGACCAGCCCUAGUUCUGCCAUCACUUGGUGUCAUUGCCAGCCUCUUCUCCAUGGAACUGUUGCCUCCCAAGCCUGCCUGUCACUGAAUGCUUCCUUGGUGGGACCUCCAAAUCACUGGCAAAGCUCAGAGCCUGGUGGGGAGGUGCCCCGGUCCAGCAAACCUUCCUGGGGGAUGCCACAGGUACCUCCUGAGCCCAGAACCAGGGAGUUCCGUCCCCCCAAAAAUCAUUCCUUUCUUUUGCCAUGGAUGCCCACCAUGGGCUGGCCCCAGUGCUGGCUCCCCUGCUCAGUGAUGCUGGCACAUCUCCCUUGAGGACAGGGCGCCCACAGGUGCCUGGCCCUCCCCAUAGGGACCGGGGGUGGGCAGAGCAGGGGUUCACUCACCCCUCAUCCCUCUGGCAGCAGCUUGGAGUUACCAAACGUUUGCAGCUUGAGCACUGAGGCCUUGGCGCAUCCCACUGCGGGGCCCUGGGGAUGGCACAGCAGCAAAAGCUGCUGCUGGUGACGGUGGUGGGGAAGAAAGCUGACGCUAACGGGUGCAAAUCAGGUAUGUUCCGUCUCUGCACUGAUCGCUUGUGUCCCAUGGACACGCCAAGGAGCCCCUGUACAGUUCCCACACAGCAGGUGUGGUCCGGUUCACUCUGUGGCUAAUGAGUACAGGAAGUUUGUAUUAUUUCAGUUCUGAUGUACAGAUAAGUGUAAUAUAUUCCUGAUAAUAAAUACAGGCGCCAGCACACAGCGUGGGUGGGCGCA